CUUGAGAGCUAAACCGUGUAGUGAGAAAUUUUGUGCUAUUUAUUGUGCAAAUUGGGAGUUUAUUUAUUCGGAAUAUUUGAACGGGAUUUGUAGCGGCGUAGCGGUGGAAUGUUCAAAAUCAAUAUCUCUACAUCGCAACCCUGAAUUUGUGGUAUAUAUGGAGUUAGUUUUCUCCAGAGUUGUGCUCCCCCCUGCACCACCACAUCAAGUCUGGUUCCCAUAGAGAGUUUCCCAAAUAAAAUUUGUUUUGUCAAUACGAGAGGGGUUACACAAAAAAGCCACACUUGUGUACUGUGUGGGUACCCUCUUGAGCCUGAAAUAACAGGCAGUGGUUUUUUACAUGAGGGCCCUCUUUCGUUUCUUUCCUUUUCAUACAAACCCCCCGAGGGUGGCGAGAGGGUUUGUUUAGUUGCAAAAACACCGUGACUGAAACACUUGCUCUGACGGUGGGUUAAUUGUGAGAUGGGUGGAAAAAAGAAAAAGGAGAAGAAAAAGAAGCCACCGAAGGAGAAGAAGGAGGGCGAUGGACUGCCCAGCUUAGAUAAGCAAUUCUACGAGCUCACCAUCCAGGAUUUGAACAACAAAUUGGCGCGGCUGAGGAGUCACAAUGCCAAAGUUGAGGAACAAAUUGAGGACCUUGAGGCAAAGAUGAAGCAAUUGCAGGAAGACAAAUCCGAUAUCACGGCAUACCUCAACAGGACACUAGUUGAGAAGGUGGAUGUGAUUAGGGAGCUCGAAGAGAAGCUCAUUGAACUGAAUAAUGUUCGAGAGGCAGAAGGAAGAGAGGCACAGAAUAAGCUCAAGGAAUGGGAUUUGAAAUUUAAGGCGAUGUAUGAUCAAUUAACAUCGGAGAUAAAGCUGUUGACGGGAAAAUUGAAUUCACUGGAGGAAUUUAGGAUUCAGAGGGAUGAGAUUCUGGCAAAAUUCGAUGCUCAGGAAGCACAAUUGAGGGAUCAGCAGCGUAAGCAUGAGGACAAAUUGUAUGACAUGGAGAGGAACAAUGUGAUUGGGAAGGAUAGGUUGAAAAAGGAAGUGGAAAGUCGUCUCCUUCAGCUGUCUAAUGAAUUCACAAAAAGCACCCACCUUCGAGUAGCUGCCCAUACGCAACGUCUUGUGCGAGAGAAUAUUGCCCUCACUAAUGAGUUGGACCGAAUCUUGGUGACCCAUGAGCGUUUGCAGGAAGAAAAAAGAAAGAUGUUGACCCUGAUGACGGAAUACAAAAACCAAGCACGAGUGGAUGCUGUGGAGAAAGCACGCUUAAUUCGCACUAGUCAGGAACAGAUUGAGGUCAUCGAUCGUAUGGCGGGUCAAUAUGAGAAACUCCAGCAGAGCUUUGUGGCAGCAAGGAUAAAGGCCAGAGAACAUGACAGGGCAGUGGGGAGGGAGAUGGCAAUUGAGCGUGAGCUGUCGCAGGCACAUAAGAGAAUUGAACACCUGGAGCACAGUGUUGAGAUCAUCAAUGCCAAUCGAGAGGACUUAAGGGUGGCGUCGGUGCGCUUCAAAACAGAAUCACAACACGUCCUAUCCAUACUGAAAGCUCUCCAAUUCACCGUGAGAAAGGCCAUUCUCACAGACACUCAACGAUACGACGAUGAACAUGAAGCAGUACAGCAGCAGCGGAAUAUCUUGCAUGAGAUAAUGAACAUUCUCACGGGACUAAAUGCAAUCCCAAUGACUGAUUCCACCGAAGCUAUAUCCAUGGUCAAUUCCAUUUACAAUCACGGAGAUUUGGGCAUUGUAUCGAGUAUUGGCGAUGAUGCCAUCACCCCAGUACGCCAAAUGGAGCAGAGGGAACUGACAGGGUGUGUCGAUGUGGCGGAGGACGAAGCUCAGCCACAGCCCCGUGAAAGCUCGGAUUGGGCCACCGCAGGUGCUCUUGAUGGAAACAGCGACACGGGCGAUGACAAAGGUGUAUCGAAACGCUACUCGAGCGGCGCAAUUAUUGAUGUUGGCUCCACAGCGUUUAUGGAACAAUUCUCACGAGACGACGCGGAUGACAACUGGGAUACCAAGGAUGGUGCCACCGAUGAUACAACAUUGCACACUACAACAACGACGGAUGUGGAAAAAAGACCACCUGACGAGCAAAUAAAAUUGGCAGCUGAGAUGGAGUAGGAGGAACAAGAAAAAAUCACCACUUUCCGAUUUUAAUUAGAAUUGCGGGGAAAAUUGUCCAAUAACAGAGGAUGCAUCUGUGACCACAGAGACGUGCUGCAUGAUCCGGUGGUUAUUCUUUUAUGCCACAACAUUUUGUGAAAUGUUUUUUUUUCCUUCUGAGUAUAAAGCGAUAAACUUUUAGAGAAAAGUUUUCACCUUGAUUUUCACAUCAUUUCAUUUUUGCUUUAUUGGAUAAAAAUAAAAAAAAAUUAAAAGUAGAUUAAUUUGCGUUAACUUCUAAUUUUCUAAAAGAAUCAGGAUCAGAGGAUAAUUUACUAAUACUUUUGU